UAUGGGUUUUUAAAUAAAUAGGAUUAUGAUUAUAAGUGAGAUUAAUAAUAUUCUAAAGUUUGCUUAGAAAUAAAAAUAAAUUUCAGUCGGGAAAUGUUAUAUCAUUAUAAUCAUGUCGAAGCGUUUAAAGUCAUCAUAAUUAUUGUUUUUUGAUUGA